AUUAAAUAGUCUCCAUUUUAACUCCUCGAAUUUAUAACAAUUUUCAAUAAUAAUUACAAAAUAAUUAAAACGACAUUUUUCAUCGUGUUUUAUAUAUUGUGAAAUCAAAAAUAUUUAUUGUAAAUAUCAAAAUUGGUACAUAUACAUAUGAUUUUUUAAACUGACACUGAAGACACGUGUUUAUAUUUACAUCCACACAAAAGACGUCAAAAAUUUUUAAGUGUUAUUGUACUCUAAAUAAUCAUCCGAUGGGUAGCGACAAAUAUUACGUAUUUUAUUUAUAUAAAUAGUUUUAUCAUGUUUGUUGCGGCAAUUAUCGAUACAUAAAAAUAUCUACAAUGAAAAAAAUGUUAUAAAUCAUCAGUAUUGUGUUAUUCUUUGUACUGAGAAUAUGAAAUUCCAGUAUAACCUCACUUUAUUUUUUCUUUUACUAUUGUUCGAACAAAUCAAAACUAAUUUAAAUCCUGUUAUACUAAUACCAGGUGACGGGGGUAGCCAAUUAGAAGCCAGAUUAAAUAAAACACAAAGGAUACAUUAUUUUUGUGAUUUAUCCACCGCUGAUUUUUUCAACAUAUGGUUAAAUUUAGAACUUUUAAUGCCUCUAGUCAUAGAUUGUUGGAUAGAUAAUGUAAAACUUAUAUAUGAUAAUACAACUAGAAUUACUAGAAAUAACGACGGGGUUGAAAUACGAGUACCGGGUUGGGGUGGUACUGAAUCUGUUGAAUGGUUAGAUCCAAGCCAUACGUCAACGGGGGCUUAUUUUAAAGACGUCUCGAAUACUUUAGUGACUAUGGGAUACGUGAGGAAUCACAGUAUAAAAGGAGCACCGUACGAUUUCAGGAAAGCACCAAAUGAAAAUGGUGAUUUCUUUGUACAACUUAAGGUUUUAGUAGAAGAUACUUAUAGUGAAAAUAAUAAUAGUGCUGUAGUUUUGUUGGUGCAUUCUAUGGGGGGACCUAUGGCUUUGAGAUUUUUAAAUAUGCAAACUCAAGCUUGGAAAAAUCAGUACAUCGCAGGGUUGAUUUCGUUAGCGGGGGUUUGGGGUGGUUCUAUGAAGGCCAUUAAAGUUUACGCUAUCGGUGACAAUUUAGGAUCUUUCGCCCUUCGAGAAAGCGUCAUGAGGGAAGAACAAAUAACGUCACCAAGUCUAGCUUGGUUAUUACCGUCGAAACUUUUUUGGAAACCAGACGAAGUUCUUGUACAAACCAGUAAAAAAAAUUACACCAUCGACGAUUUAGAAGAAUUUUUCCAGGGAAUCGAUUUUAUGGACGGUUGGGAAAUGAGGAAAGACACCGAAAAGUAUCAACUCGAUUUCAAACCACCUGGAGUCGAGGUCCAUUGUUUGUACGGUACGGAUGUGCAAACCGUAGAACGGUUGUAUUAUAAACCCGGUACCGAUUUGACCGGAUAUCCAACGCUGAUAUACGGAGAUGGGGACGGUACCGUCAACAGGCGGUCCUUGGAGGGAUGUCGCCAUUGGCAGACUCUUCAAAAACAAAAAGUUUUCGUUCAACAAUCUCCGAAAAUCGAACAUUUGCAAAUUUUGCACGACAAAUCGACGCAGGAUUACAUCAGAAACGUUAUGAAAAAAUUCGCCAAUAAAAAAAGAAAAAAGCAAUUUUGGCAUUAUAAAAUGUUGAAUUGAAAUUUUGUUAAAUUAAUUUUAUUUAAAAUAUAUUAGUGACGAUUUUUUUGAUAUUUUUUUUUACUACGGGGGUCCAAUUUUCGAUUUUUCCACCAUAUUCCCUGAAAUUCGAUUAUUUUUCCCUUUAGUAACAUUUUUCAAACUACCCUCGUAUUUCUAUUACCAGAAGAAUAUUCAAUUCCAACUUUUCUUUUCCGUAAAUCUUUGUGUCACCCUCGUAUUUCUAUUACCGGAAGAAUAUUCAACUCGUCCCCCUCGUAUUUUUCACAAAACUCGCCUUUUUCGUAACAUUUGAAAGUACCCUCGUAUUUCUAUUCUCAAAAGAAUAUUCAGUACAAUUUGACCUUUACCUUAUUCGUUGUAACGCCCUCGUAAUUUUCUUUUCGAUAAAAAAUUUCUUUUCGUAAUUUCUCAAAGUACCCUCGUAUUUUUAUUACGAAAAGAAUAUUCAAUCCCAGCUUCUAUUUUCCCUAAUUAUUUCUAUUGCCCUCGUAUUUUUUGGGGAAGAAUAUUCCUUCUCAUAGCUCGCUCUUUUCGUAAUUUCUCAAAGUACCCUCGUAUUUUUAU